GCCUGUGUUGGGAGUUCAGUGGACUGAGGACGUAGCACAGACACGGCUUCAGCUACUUCAAGCUAUUGACGCCUUGCACCAGUGUAGGUUGUUUACCCGCUUUUGUUUUGCUCAAACAAAAAUAAACAUGGAGGGAACCAUUUGCAACAUUCAGGUGCUUCUCCGGGCUGCGGAGUUUCUCGAGAGAAGAGAGCGGGGUAAGUAUUUGAAGCCGAAGUGUCAGUUAACGGGGAGGAAGUUGGUUAUUGUAAAAACAACAAAAUGCACAAUGAAACGAUAGCAUCUAUGUAUGCAAAACACUAUACAGAAACACGCUGUAAUGCAGACGUUUAGGGAACAAUUGAUAUUGUCGCAAAGAGGUAAUUUUAGGCGAUUUUUCCUAUUUGACUCAGUGACCUACAUAUCGGUCGCAUCAUUGUACUCAAAGGCGCCAAUCUGGUCCAGUUUGAAAAUGAAUCUGAGCGGCGCUGAGCGUUUGCGACGAUGAAUGAAAGCGGGGCAGAAAAGGGCAAAACUACGAGUUUAUUGCAAAAUUAAGGCUUCACAGACUUUGUACCGGGUAUGACUCACGGCUGGCAGCAGGAAGUGUUUUUUAACAGUGGAUAGGUAGUAUGUGAUGGCGCCAAAAACCAAAAGCAGAUCUGUCUGUCUGAUGGACACUGCAAAGUGUUUUAUCCCUUUGUACACAGUUAAUUUUGCACGAUAACGGUUGUCUGUUUGUUGCACCAGGGAACACUUAUCUUAAUGGGAAGACUUUUAUUUUUAGCAUUGCACACAGUUCCUUAUGUAGUAUUUUCUGACGCAGUCUGUGAUUUGUUUUUCUGCACAGAGGCUGAACAUGGAUAUGCGUCUGUCCUGCCUCUCAGUCCAGAUCACUCAGAUAAGAGAAGCAAACAGAAGAACAAGAAGAUAUCUGCUGGUGGUAAUAGGUGAAUGCAUUACAUAACCCAUAACUGCCAAAAGGGGUGUGGUUGUGAAGUUUUACAUGGCUCAGCUUUGAUAAAGCACCCUUUUAAACAUGAAAACCUCACACCCACACACAGUGCAGAGCAGCAGCCAUUUCCAUAAAUGUUAUUUUAAGAUUUUAAUGUACUCCCUGUGUCUUUUACUGCAGAUCUGUUCACAACGAGCUGGAGAAAAACAGGUAACGAAAGUUGUGUCAUAUCACGAAUCUCACAUGAUUUAUGUUCACAGAUGUGUUGAUUAUUAAUAGAAGGCUGAAGGUAUUAAAGGAUAUGCAUUAUUGUUGUUGUGCUUUGUAGACGGGCUCAGCUGAGACACUGCCUUGAGCAGCUCAAAAAGCAAGUCCCUCUGUCAUCUGACUCGAUGAGGAACACCACCCUCAACCUGCUGAGACGAGCUCAGCUCCACAUAAAGGUAAACAAAGCACCAUGGUAUUGCUCUUGUUGCCUUUUGGUACCUCUGCAGAGCUCUUUAACAAGAGCUCUGUAAAGGCACAUUAACUAACACUGCUUGGUGGCCUCGAAUGCUUUUUAGUCCACUGCUCACUUCUCCCUUCCCUUUCAGAAGCUGCAGGAGCAGGAUGAGCGUGCGGAGCAGCUGAAGGGCCGCCUGCGCUGGGAGCAGAGGGAGCUGCAGGUACGGUUGGAGCAGCUGCAGAGAGGAACGGAGAGGAUGAGGAACGAUAGCCAGGGGUCGACCAUGUCCUCCGAGAGAUCUGACUCUGACAGAGGUAGGUCUCUAUAGAACAAGAAGAGGCGGUCUCUAGUCAUCUCAGUCUCAGUGAUGCUUAGCUUUGCUUGAUAACUGCAAGUGUAAUUACAACUAUGUUUAUGAAGUAGACAUACUCCAUUACUACAUUAUCAGAGAAAACACAGUUGUGUGCCUAGACUUGAGUCGUAGACUACACCGAUAUCAAGAACUCUGUGGAUAAGAGUGGAAAUAGUACAUAAAAUACAGUACAGGCCAAAACUUUGGACACAACUUCUCAUUCAGUGUCUUUUCUUUAUUUUUUUAUAUGACUAUUUACAUUGUAGAUUAUCACUGAAGGCAUCAAAACUAUGAAUGAACACAUGUAGAAUUUUGUACUUCUAAAAAAAGUGUGAAAUAACUGAAAACAUUUCAUAUUCUAGUUUCUUUGAAAUAGCCACCCUUAGCUCUUGAUGACAGAAGUACUUAGUGACUGACUCUGUCAGUCACCAAUCAUCAAAAAAGCAAAGGGUGGCUACUUUGAGGAAUCUAAAAUAUAAUACAUGUUUUCAGUUAUUUCGCACUUUUUUCUUAAGCACAAUUCCACAUGUGUUCAUUCAUAGUUUUGAUGCCUUCACUGAGAAUCUACAAUUUAAAUAGUAAUGAGAAUAAAGAAAAUGCAUUGCAUGAGAAGGUGUGUCCAAACUUUUGUCCUGUACUGUAUAUUGAUUGGGGAAAACAAACUGCCGAUAUUUUGCGAGCCUAAACUAACAUUACUCUCUCAUAGCAUAUCAUUGUUGUUUUAUUUGAUACCACAAUGUUAUAAUUCACUUGAAAUCCUUAAUUUUAGUUAUGGUAAAUGGUAUCUUAUUUAUUUUCUGGCAUUCUUGCAAAUAUCUAGUAAUGCAUGUUGGGCUUCAUCUAAGACAUAUACUGAAUUAUUGGAAAGUCUAGAUAAUAGGCUUAAAUGUUUCCAUUAAAAGCAUGUGGGUGCAAGUUCCUGGAUAAGACAGAAAAAAAAUCAAAGGAGAUGUCAUCAUGAGAGAGAAUAUUGUGCCGUAUUAAAGACAUUCAUAUCACACUGAAGACAGUAUUUUAGCUCACUGUGAUAUGUGACUAUUACAUUUUUCCUUCUGCUAAUUUAUUUAAUCUUCUGUUGUUGUUGUUUUUUUAAUUACAGAGGAUGUGGAGGUUGAUGUGGAGAGCAUCGUGUUUGACUGCAUGGACUCUGAUGGACUGAGCAUUACACACACUGGUUCAGACCACUGUUACUCCAGCAUGGACAAAGCCUGGCUAUGACGGCAGUAACAUACUGUAAUGUAAUGUCAACAGGUGAACAGUGGGAGGAGAAAACAUUCCAAAAAUAAGCAAACAGGAGGAGGAGGAGGAGGGAGAAAGAUGUUACCGUACAACUGAACAUGUUUUUUCUUACAGGAGAAGUAACUUUGGACUUUCUUUUUUCACAAUACAUCAGACUACAAGCUAAAUGAUGAUGUUAUGAACAAGCAGAGUCCAUUUGCACUGAAAAGCAGUAAAAAUCACUGGGCUGGGAUGGAUGUACCAUAUGCAUUUAUAUUUUCUGGCAAGCAUUUCUUUGAAAGCCAUGACGUCUGUAAAUUCGAAUGGUUAAACAGCUAUGAUUAUUUUUCUCGAGGAAGUUUUAAAUCCAAAAAAGGGCUUUUUAUUCAACACUUGUAACUUAUUCUUUAUUUCAGUAUAUCUAUACUGAAUUCUGCCUUAAAUCAGAUUUUUUUUGUAUUCAAUACAGCUUUCUUUAGCACUAAGUUCAUAUUUCAGUUAUGUCAUGUGUAGCAUGCACUUAAACAUUUAUCUCUGCUAUUUUUCUUUGUAUUAUUGCCUUUUAUGUAAGGUCAGCCAUGUAUUUUGAUCUUUUUCCUCUGUUGCACAAUACGUCCUCACAUUGCACUUGUUUUGUUACUUAAGGAUUGUGGGUAAAAAAUCAAAACGACACCACAAGCAGAAGUGAACUGGUCAUAUUUGCACAUUUAUAACUGGCAACCACGUAACCGUACCAAGUGUUCAUUUUGGUAAUUUGUACACGAUUCAGUCUGUAAUUAACUGACGCCUAGUAUUUAAGAUUCAGUAGUUCAUCAUGACUGUACACUUCAUUGCUUUUGCAGUUUGUCAGAAUAAAUGUUAAUAAUGCAUGCAACAAAAACAGUCAGGCAGGUAUUGUCUACUUGUAAUAGAUACACAACGCAAGCUUUAUUACAAGUAUGUAUCAUACUCAUUGCUAUAUAUUUAAUAACUGAAGGUGCUUUUUUCUUUACUUUUGUAUAUGCAAAAUGCCUUAUUAUCUUUAAAUAUUAUGUAUGCAUUCAUCUGUCUCUCCGCCCAGUAAUAUUAUGUAGCAUUUUUGUACUGGUGUAAGCUUUUUUUAAUUGAAUAAAUAUUUUCUAUAUUUA